UAUUCUCACCUUUCUUUUCCUGCAGAUUUGCUGACAGCACAGGAAUACCACUGCCUACUGCAGCUGCUCUGCCCUGACUUCCCAAUGGAACUCACUCAGAAAGCAGCAAGGAUUGUGCUGAUGGAUGAUGCUAUGGAUUGUCUGAUGUCUUUUUCUGAUUUCCUCUUUGCUUUCCAGAUCCAAUUCUACUAUUCAGAAUUCCUGGAAAGUGUGGCUGCUAUUUAUCAAGAUCUAUUGGCUGGUAAGAAUCCAAAUACUGUGAUCGUGCCAACAUCAUCCUCUGGGCAACAUCGGCAGCGGCAACCCCCAAAUGACUGCAACCUGCUUGAUGGGGUAGAGGCAUCUCUCUUCUACCAGUGCCUAGAGACCUUGUGUGACAGAUCAAAAUACAGGUAUGAACAGAGUCCAGAACACAGAUGUGAAAGUCUGUUUCUGGAGACCUUUUGUAAGAUUGGAGCUGUGAAUAAAUACAUCAGUUUAAUUUUCAUGUAGAUCUCAUUGGAGAACUAUGACGGGAGAGAUCGUAGCAGAACUGCUUUAACCAAAAGAGAAAAACAAUUACAAGGGCCUAAGAGACGUGGGGGUUCGAGCACAUUCUUGAGCUGUUUGAUUUGGAAUUCUGUUUUCCUUCUUAUGUUAACAUGGACACUUUCAUAAAGGAGAGGUUAAUCUACCAUCAUUAAUUAUCUGGAGAUAAAUGACUGCAAGUGUGUUCCUGGGUGCUGAAGCAUAGGCAAGCCACAGUGAGGUGGAUUGAGUUUGAAGCCUUAGUACCUUAGACAAGAUCACACUGCUGGUCUGUACUGGAAUCCAGGAUGGAGCUGGUCUCUAGUUACAGAUCCCAGGCAAAAGAAAUCUGCUCACUACAUGCUAGAAACUAUGAAGAAUGUGUCUGUCAAGGACACACAGUAAGGCCUAGUAUUUUUCUAUCCCCUACUGAACUAAAGCUAGUCUCUUUGUUUU